AUGGAUUACUCGGAGAAGAUCGAUUGGUUCUUCAGAGUUACAGUCAUGAAUUCAUUGAACGAAAAUCCUUUGCAUGUGGCAGCAAUGGUAGGCCAUGUGCAUUUUGUGGAAGAAAUUCUAGCUCGAAAUCCCGACCUUGACGGAGAGUUAAAUUCACAAGGAUCAUCCCCUUUUCACUUGGCAUCAGCUAACGGACACGUUGAGAUAGUAAAAACAUUAUUAUCAGUCAACCCUGGGAUGUGCCUUGCUCGUGAUCGAGAUGGCAGAAACCCUCUUCAUCUAGCAGCCAUCAAAGGCCGAGUUGGUGUCUUAAAGGAGUUGGUUCACGCCAGACCAAAUGCAGCUCGAGCAACACUACCGGACCAGCAGGGUGCGACCAUAUUGCAUGCGUGUGUGCAACAUAAUCAAUUAGAGGCACUCAAAUUAUUGUUGGAGACAAUAAACGAUUACGAGUUCUCUAAUUCAAAGGACGAGAAUGACAACACCAUAUUACAUCUAGCUGUUGCGAUAAACAAAUCGAGUGGCCAAAUAGAAGUAAAUGCCAUUAAUGCUAAUGGAUUGAUGGCACUGGACAUUUUAGCACAAAGUCGGAGAGAUGUGAAGGAUUUUGACAUCCAAAACUCCCUACAUGAAGCUGGAGCAUCAAGAGCGAGGCCAAAUGGUUCGCGAAAUGAGCAUUUCAAUUUGGGGAAGUUCAUGGCCGAGAUUCGGAGUGGAUUAAUUGUCUUGCCAUCUGUAAUCUUAACACUUACAUUCCAAUUUGGGGUGAACCCUCCUGGUGGUUUUUGGCAAGACGACUCAUUGGAACACAAUGCAGGAGAAGUUAUAAUGGCUUAUAACUCUCCAAGGUCGUACCGAUACAUAUACUGUGCUAACAUGAUAAGCUUCCUUACAUCUAUGGGAGCAAUGAUUGUUCUUGUGAUCCCAGUUUCCUUAACCAACCUAUUGGCAUUGUUGUUCUUGAUUGGCUUCCUGUUGUCAACAUUUAUUUCAGUGGCAACAACUUAUUAUGUUUCUAUUUUGGCGAUCAGUCCAGGUAAGUUCAAGCACAUCAGGACUCAAAGUUCAAGUGAUGGUCGAGGAUGGGCAUUGGCUUGUUGCAUGAUAAUUCCUCCUUUUCUCUUCAUCAUUCCCGUGUGGUUGAGGAGACGCGGGAAAAAAGUAUGGCCACCGAUAACUUCACUUCUAUAUGGAAAAAUUAUGUUGCCAUUGAAAAGAAGAUCUUCAAGUAGUACUCAAGUUGAUGAUGCCAAUCGCAACCAAGAACAUCGUAGGAUUGAUCUGGCAUAA